AUUAACGUAACGUCCCUCCAAAGAUUCACAGAGACCCGAACGCAAACCCAAAAAGCACAUACCUCCGACCACUCCCAAAUCUCACCCUGACCCUCACCUACUCUCUCUCUCUCUCUCUCAAAACCCAGAAGAUAUCACACACUGCUGCAGUGCUUCUGCUUCGCUUCUUCUUCUCGUUCCGGUGGUACCUCUCCAGAAAUGCUGAAUCCUUCACAAACCCAUUUCUCCAUUUGCGUUUCUUCCAAAAUUUCUUGAUCUCCAGCCAUGAGUGGGGUUUGGGUUUCGGGUUGAGACCAAAACCCUUUAUUUUGAGAGGCAAUGUGAGAGGGGGAGGGAGAGAGAGAGAGAGGAAAAUUCCCAGAAUAGUCCUAUAAUGGUGGCUGCUGUUACUGAAGCAGCUGCUUCCACAAACCCCAAGACCACUUCCCAACAACAACAACAACAACAAACCCAUCUCCAACGACCCCCUCUGCUACCGUCGGAGAAAGACAAUGGCCUUGGAAAUCAGCCCAGAAGACCCAGAGGCAGACAGGUCUCUUCCAGGUACAUGUCUCCCUCUACUUCUACUUCUACUUCUACUUCGACUUCCACAACCACAACCACAACCACAACCACUACUUCUUCUUCGUCUUCGAGUUCUAGGAGAUUCGCAUCUCCUUUGCUGUCUCGUUCCAACAAUUCCACACAUUUAUCGACCACAUUAGGCACUUCCACGGCCACAAAACGGUCCCAAUCGGUGGACCGGAGGCGACCCAUUACGCCUCGGCCGAUGACGGCGGUACCUGACUCGAAACACGCCAAUGGCACCGAAGUAUCGGCGGCUACGAAGCUCUUGGUCACUUCCACUCGGAGUUUAUCGGUGUCGUUUCAGGGAGAGGCGUUUUCGCUUCCGAUUAGCAAGACGAAGGCGCAAACGCCGAGCUUGAGCAAUGCGAGGAAGGGUACGCCGGAGCGGCGGAGGGGGACCCCAGUUAGAGUAGGAGAUCAGGCGGAGAAUUCUAGGCCAAUGGAGCAGCAUCGGUGGCCUGGUAGGACCCGGCAACUUAAUUCGACUAAUUCAGGUUCGGAUAAUCCGUUGUUGUCGAGGAGUUUGGAUUGUGGGAAUGGUGGUGCUGUUGAUAGGAAGAUAGUUGGAAUGGGAUCUGGGAAGCUUGUUCGAGCAUUGCAUAGUUCGAUGGUGAUUGGUGACGGUAGGAGGGCUUCGUUUGAUGGGAGGGUAAGCUUGGAUUUGGGCAAUGCUGCUGAGUUAUUGAAAGGUGGUCAGCAAAACCCAGAUGCCAAUUCAGUGAAUGAGUCUUCUGUGCCUUCUGAUCUCACUGCAUCUGAUACAGAUAGUGUGUCCUCUGGUAGCACUUCAGGAGUGCAAGAUUGUGGUGGGAUUAUUGCCAAGGGAAGAGGUGGGGGGCCUCGAGGGAUUGCUGUGUCUGCAAGGUUCUGGCAGGAGACGAAUAGUCGAUUGCGCCGCCUGCAGGAUCCAGGGUCGCCACUAUCCACGAGCCCCGGGUCGAGAAUGGCUGUGCCGGCAAAGCUUGUUCAGUCGAAAAAGUUUGUUAGUGAUGGCCCAUUGUCCUCUCCACGAACAAUGUCUUCACCUAUUAGGGGAGCCAUGCGGCCUGCAUCGCCAAGUAAGCUUUGGACAUCUUCAGCUUCGUCUCCUGCGAGAGGAACUUCUCCUUCGAGAGGGAUUUCUAGUCCUUCUCGGGUCAGGAAUUCUAUUUCUGGCUCAUUGAGUAGUAAUUCAAGUACGCCUUCGAUUCUCAGUUUCUCUGUUGAUAUUCGGAGAGGGAAGAUAGGGGAAGAUCGCAUUCUUGAUGCACACUUGUUGAGGCUUCUGUAUAACCGCUACCUGCAAUGGCGGUUUGUUAAUGCAAGGGCAGAUGUUACCUUCUUGGUGCAGACACUGAAUGCUGAGAAAAAUCUGUGGAAUGCAUGGGUAACAAUCUCAGAAUUACGGCACACUGUCACACUAAAAAGAAUCAAGUUGCUAUUGCUGAGGAAAAAAUUGAAGCUAACUUCCAUCCUCAGGGGACAAAUCAAUUAUUUGGAAGAAUGGGCCCUUUUGGAUAGAGACCACUCCAGUUCUUUGCAAGGAGCAACUGAAGCUUUGAAGGCCAGUACUCUUCGUCUUCCAGUUGUUGGCAAAGCAGUAGCUGAUAUUCAAAAUCUGAAAGAUGCUGUGGGUUCAGCAGUUGAUGUGAUGCAGGCAAUGGCAUCCUCAAUGUGCUCUCUUUUGUCCAAGGUGGAGGAAAUGAACUCCUUGGUGACUGAACUCAUGAAUGUGACCGCAAAAGAAAAGGUUUUGCUUGAACAAUCCAAAGAUUUUUUGUCCACUUUGGCAGCCAUGAAGGUCAAGGACUGUAGCUUGAGAACACAUUUAAUACAACUUAACCGUGUACCAACUACCAGCAGCCUGACAACACGAGUGUAGAACUGAUCAUAUCUGACCAUUCACUCUUGAUGCUAACAUUACACGCAACAACCUUUUCUUUUUCUACUGGGUGGAGGCGGCAUUGGCUUCUCAUUUGGCUUUUUUGUAACCUAGUUGGGUCUUCUUUGCCAUCUAUCUCUUUGUAUCUGAAGAUUACAGAAAAUUGAUUCCUACUAAUUAGCUGUGUACACAAUUACUCAUCUACCUUCAGCCAAAAGGAAAUGUAUAUGUAUAUAUAUGUAAUGUUCUUCUGAUCACUUUCAAUAGUCCAUCGCCAUUUUCUUCA